AUGAAAACGCAAUAUCAUUGGGAUUUAUAUCGUGAAAUUAUCAAAUAUUCCACAAAAUAUGGCAAACAACAAAAUUCAAGUUGGACAAUUAUCAGUGAUGAGCAAACAUUUAUUGUUAUGGGAAAUUUACGAAAAAUAUUGCUAACAUUCGGUGAUUCACAACAAUCUCUCAUAUUAGGGAGGACAUUCAGCAAAAGAAAUUUACUUUCAUACUUAUUCCCAUGGAAUAUUUACAAAACAAUUUUACCUGAAGCUGGCAUUGUUUUUUCUCGAAAAGCUUUGGAAGAUAUGACGAAUGAUAAAUGUUUUGGUUGGUUAUCACCUCGUGCUACAGAACGAGCACUGGUACAGUGUGGCAGUUUAAUGAAUGUACAACUUAUUGAUCCAAUUGAUAAGAAUCAAUCUUUUUAUUGGUAUAGUGAUGAAGCCUUAUCAUUUGGUAAUUUAAAUUAUCGUGGUCAUCGAGUCUUGGAUUUUACAAUCACAAGGAUAAAAGUAUUUGGCUAUUAA